UUCUCCAAUGGUCAGCAUAAUGAAGUCGAUCUUCUUCGUGAUUUCCCUCUCGUUUUUGCUCUUAAUCGAGCUGACUUUUUGCAGUGGAGAUCCAGUGGCAGGAAUUACUAAAAAAGUAACCCCUGAGGCCCUCGUAUCGGUGAUCGAUACCCUUUCCGAUCUGAUAAGUACGAAAAAUGAUCAAUUUGAGGAUAUUUUGAAGAACCUUAAGGAAAACGAUAAAAUCAUAAGCGAUAAGGAUGAGGAGCUCGAAAAGAAGAAUAAAAUAAUCAAGAACUUGGAAAAUCAAAUCAGAACGAUUUCUGAAGAGCAAUCCGAAAUUACCGAUCAACUUCUGACCUUAAAUAGAACCGACCGAUGCCCCACUGACAGCCAAAGUGGCAUUUACAAAGUGAAAAUUCCCGGACUGAGGAACUUCGAGGCUGCCUGCAAUAAGCAAGGUUGGAUGACGAUCCAAAGGCGUAUCGAUGGAUCUGUAAACUUUACACGCGACUGGGAGAGUUAUAAGAACGGAUUUGGAGAUAUACGCACAGAGUUCUUCAUCGGACUGGAAAAACUACACCUGAUGACAGAACAACGACCUUUUGAACUCAACAUUACUCUUGUCUUCGCAAAUGGAACUACAACCUAUGCCCAUUACGCUGAUUUCAAAAUCGGCGAUGAGGCAUCAUUGUAUGAGCUAGUAAGUUUGGGCUCGUUUGAAGGUACAGCCGGGGACUCUCUUCAGUGGAACAAGAAAAAGAGUUUCUCCACUUUCGACCGGGAUAACGAUCGCGUUUCUACAAAUUGCGCCCAAACGCACGGUGGUGGGUGGUGGUUCGCAGAAUGUGGAUAUAGUUCGCUAAAUGGAGUUUACAGUAAGAGUGGCAUUGCUCCUGAAGGGAAUGGAAUUCAUUGGGGUACCGCUCACGGCUUCAAUUACCAGGUUUCGCUGAUCGCCACUGAAAUGAUGAUAAGGCCAAGGGUCUUUUAGUUUAUAGCAAUCAAAGAAUAAAUAAAAAAUAUAACGAGUGCACAGCAAA